UCAGUAGGGUCAAACGUGUCAUAAACAAUCAACAUGAUGAUUCCAUAUCGAAUUUGGACGUUUGUUAUUUGUAUUCUUAGUGAAUCUUAUGGACAACAAUUUACUCCAGGAUGUAGUUUUUAUAACGGCAAAUGUAUCUACAAUGUCCAGCUAGGAAACGUAGAAAGUUGUCAUGGGGGAAACUCACAACCAGAACCUAAUGUUCGAGAUCUUAGUGGGGCAUGUACAUGUAAUGACGUCACGAAGGCAUCGGUUGACCUAAACAAUCUUCAAACUCGUGUUGACAAACUACAAAAAUCUAUGACAGAUUUCAAAAACCAGUUGAAUAACGUUUCGCCAAAGACAAAUUCCUUUCAAGGACAGCCAGAUGGCGAAAAUCAGAAAUAUCUAGACAUCUUAGAUAAACUACAUACAAAGGAAGACAUUUUGAACAGAACUAAUGAAGAAGUGAUUGGAAUAUUGCAGACUGCAUCAACCGAAAUAAAAGGCUUACGGGAAAAGCUGAAAAAUACAACCGGCGAAUUGGCAACAUGUCAAGUUUCUAUGGGUGGGACGCAUACUUCUCAAAAAGCCUCUGUGGCGGAUUUUACAACGUUUUACUGCAGUUUCCAGCAGACUGACCUCUGUAAAUUUACACAAGACCGUGACGACGACACUGAUUGGACUCGACAGUCGUCAUCAAUUUCGUCACAAUCUGGUCCAAAGACGGAUCACUCAUAUGGAAAUGGAUAUGGUUAUUAUAUGGCAUUGAAGACCAUCAACACUCCUAAGUCCAGUGCUGGUAAAACGAUAAGUCGUAUAACGUCGUCAACAUUUAAACCAGCAUCAAACUAUUGUCUUCGUUUCUGGUAUACUAUGUUUGGAAAAGAUGUUGAUACUCUUAAUGUAUAUGCAAAGGUGAAUGGAGGAAGAGGUUAUCCAAUAUACACUCGUACUGGAAAUGUUGAUCCCUAUUGGCAUUUUGCCCAAAUUGAUAUUGGACCUGAAUAUACGAAAUCUUCUUUUCAGAUAACAUUCGAGGGCUCGUACCAUGCAUAUAAAGUACACCAUUAUACCAAUUCCCAUUAUUCCUAUAUUUAUCAUAAUGAUGAUGGUAAUAUCGCAAUAGAUGAUUUUUACAUCUAUAAUACCACCUGUAACAGUAUUCCAGCUGUUCCUUCAGAUUCUUUGUUACGUAGAGUGGGUAACGUAACGUCCUACUACUCAUUUCAUAAAACACCUGCUACCUGGUAUGAUGCACAGGUAACAUGUAGGAAGGAAAAUCCCCGUUCAAGUCUAGCUGCCAUACAAAGUGCUGCAGAACAAUUAUUCCUCGUAAACUUGAUCAAUUCUAACUUGGAAUUGACCAUUGCUGGCCAGAAUGGUUUUUACCUUAAUGGAAACGAUGUGGAUUCGGAAAAUAAUUUCAAAUGGACAAAUACCGGAUAUCCUGAAACUGUUAAUUAUACAAACUUCCAUCAAGGUCAACCUAACAAUGUUGGAAAUAUCCAAGACUGCCUUCUGAUGGAAUAUCCAGCAGAUAACUAUAAAUGGGGAGAUGUGUCCUGUACAGAGAAACAUCCAUUUAUCUGUGAAACAACAAUGCCUUGAUAUUAAUGAA